AUGGAAUCCCCGGAUCUGUCGUCCCGCGGCGGCGUCCGGCGCCCCAAGUGCGCCCGCUGCCGCAACCACGGCGUCAUCUCGUGGCUCAAAGGCCACAAGCGCCACUGCCGCUUCCGCGAGUGUGCGUGCGCCAAGUGCAACCUGAUCGCCGAGCGGCAGCGCAUCAUGGCGGCCCAGGUCGCCCUCAAGAGGCAGCAGGCCGCCGAGGACGCCAUCGCCAUCGGACUGAGGGCGGUCGCCACGGGGGCGCCACUCACCUACCUGCCCCCCGGACCCAUCUUCGGACUGCCGGCCGUGGAAGGCGCGGCCGCCAACAGGAAGGCGGUGGCACCAGCCAGGAAGAAUGAAAAAUCGUCAAUGGAAAAAUCCGAGUCAAACUCUCGUAGCUCCCCUGACUCCAGCAAGUGCAAAUCAUCUCGUUCCAAUCCCCGACCACCUUCCACAGAGAGAAUCAGCCCAGGGCCGAUGCCAGCAGACUUUCGACCAGGUCGGUUGUCCCCACUGGACAUCCUUAACCGGCUCUUCCCAAACCAAAAGAAAGCGGUCAUGGAGCUAGUUCUCCAAGGUUGCAAUGGGGACAUCGCCAAAGCCAUUGAGCACUUCCUCUCUGCCGACGACGCAUUGUACCUACGCCAUCCUUCAGUGAGUGGUUACAACUACUCAGACAUGCCCUUCCUCCAACCUCGUCCGAUGCCUCGACUCACCCUCGGAUCCAUCAAGUCAGCAUUUACUCCUCUAGCUCCACCUAUCGCUCACGCGACGACGACCACACAACAAGAUACUGUACAGUCCACUCUAUUCGGUUCCGUACCCCGAUUAUCUGAGUCCUCCCUUUACGUUCCGUAUUCUUCCCUGUCUCAAAACUCACAUCUAUUGCUUCAGCCUUGUCCAGCAGGUUGCAUCCAAUGCAGGAGAACUUUUUCGUUAGUGAGUGAGACUGAAAGUCAACUCUGUCCUAAUCCAGACGAGCAGAUAAAAGACACCACAGGAAGAUUAGCACAGGAGGCAGUGGACCUUUCAGACAGGUCUUGGCAAACGGGUAGUCCAAGUGGUUGA